AAAGUUCACGUUUUGGUCCCCCUCCUGUUCGGCGACGGGCGACGUACGGCGCCACUAUAAGAAACGUGCCCUAUUGCUGUCACGCCGUACUUCCUCCCGCCCACCGGGCAGCUAGCUUAGCUGCCGCCAUGGACGACGACGGCGACGGCUCAUCGUCACCGACCGACGACAGCGCCGCCGCCGGGCUUUUGCCGCUCUUCAGCCGAUCGCCGGCCGAGGAUCUUGAGGAGAAGCUGAGGCGGGCGAUGGAGGAGAACGCGCGGCUGACGCGAGCGCUCGACGCCAUUCUGGCCGGUCACCACGCCCACCAGCGCGCGCUCUUGGCGCCGUCGCUGUCGCCGCCGCCGCCUUCCGCCACAGCAAGGGCGCCGAGCGUGUCCACCAGCUGCGCGGCGAGGGAGGACGCCGCACCGGCGGUCGCCGCCGCCGCCGCGUCGACGGCAUGUCCGUCGAGACAGCAGCCGCCGACCGCGGAGCCACGGCCCAAGGUCAGGACGGUCCGCGUGCGCGCCGACGCCGCCGACGCCACCGACGCCAACAGCAUGGCGGAGACCGUGAAGGAUGGGUACCAAUGGAGGAAGUACGGGCAGAAGGUGACGCGUGACAACCCCUACCCUAGAGCUUACUUCCGCUGCGCAUUCGCGCCGUCUUGCCCCGUCAAGAAGAAGCUCCAAAGAUGUGCGGAGGAUAGGUCAAUGCUAGUGGCGACCUACGAGGGAGAACACAACCAUGCCCUGUCCACGCAGACAACCGAAUUCGUCGCCAGCGGCUGCACUACGAGCCAGCACGCCGGGGGGUCGUCGUCGUCGCCGCUGCCGUGCUCCAUCUCCAUCAACUCGUCGGGCCGCACGAUCACACUCGACCUGACGAACCAAGCAGGGUCCGGAUCGAUCGCGAGCUGCGGCGUCGAGGCGGCCGCCGUCUCCGGCGAGCUCGUCACGGUGCUCUCGCCGGAGUUGAGGAGGCACCUCGUGGAGGAGGUGGUGCAAGUGCUCAAGAACGACGCCGAGUUCGUGGAGGCCGUGACCAACGCCGUGGCCGCUAGAGUUGUGGAUCAAAUCCCACACAUUCCUGUUCAUUUGUAGUUGUUUUUUUUUUCUCUUUGAGAACGUUGAUUUGUAGUUUGUAGGCAGUAUAUAUAUCCCAAAAUGCUUGCAAGUAUAUGUACACAUGUAUUCGCAAAUGUGAGUAUAUACCUAUGCCGCUUUUGCUAUA